AUGGCAAGCGCAGUUGCGUUUAACCCACGUAAUGUGCAGAGACGCGAGAAAGUGCAUGUCAUUUUAGACACAGGGAGUCAAAGGUCAUACAUUACAGAGAGAAUGAGAGACAGAUUAGCAUUACGUCCAUUAGGCCAGCAAGACAUUUCAAUAUUAGCCUUUGGCUCAAGGGAAGGACAGGCCCAGUCCUGUGAUUUAGUUAAGAUUGGUCUUGAGACAAAGUCGGGACCAAAGCUUGAGCUGAAAUUACUUUCAGUCCCACACAUAUGCGAGCCUUUGUCAAGUAGCGCGGUACAUUUAGAGAAGUAUUUUGCCUUGCAAGACAGUGACCUAGCAGACACUUUGACAUACACAGGUCCUAUAGAGCCACAGAUCCUGAUUGGUUCUGAUCAAUAUUGGAAUAUUCUUACAGGGGAGAUUGUUCGCAGUGAGAAAGGACCAGUGGCUGUGCAUACACGCCUGGGUUGGGUCAUUUCUGGACCAGUCGAGACUGAUAUCUGUGAUACCAAGCCAACAUCUUUAGUAACACAUAUUCUUAAGGUUGAUUUGGAGCCAGAGAACAAAAGAUUGGAUAAUCAACUAAAAAGAUUUUGGGAACUUGAAGCACUGGGGAUUGCAGAUAAGGAAGACUUUGUGCAUGACCAAUUUAAAGAGAUUGUAGCCUUCAAACAUGGAAGGUAUGAAGUAUCCUUGCCUUGGAAGAAUCCUUAUGUGACAUUGCCUGAUAAUUUAGAGCUUGGUAUGAGGCGGUUGAAGAACUUAUUGAAACGGUUGAAGCAGAACCCUGAAUUACUUAAAGCCUAUGACACUGUCAUAAGAGAUCAACUGGACAGAGGAAUUGUGGAAGUAGUGGAGAAUCCACUGAAAGCAAAUAUGUGA